AUGUGUCUUAUAAGCCCUCAAAAGGUAACAGGAGUUAGAGUUGCCAGUGUUGUGGGUGCAUAUAAUCCUCAAAUUCUUGAGGAAGUGGCCGCUUCCAAACGUCACUAUGUUUGCACGGAGGCGUUUAGAUCGGUUAUGGGGUUCUAUGGCUGCGACUAUUCUGAGCCUGAGGUGCAUGACCUUGCACAUAUGUUCUCGUACCAGCUGGAAAAGUCGGAGUACCCCAUUACUUCAAGGGAGGGAGCACUCUCAAGAGACAUAGGGUGGGUAGAUAAAGUUUUCAUAUGUGACUACAGCAAACUGGGUCACUAUAUAGAGAGUUUUAAUGAUAAACCUCAGACUAUUACGUGCUUAAUGUAUCUCUCUAACUUCUCCAACUUAAUGUCGAAGCACAAUUAA